UGCCCCUGCAUCCCAAACAACUCCUCAGUUCUCCAAAUGCAUCAGUUGAAGUCACACAGCAAAUGCAAUGCGAAGAUUCUCCAACGAUCCGGAGAUGGAUUCAAUUGUAUCAAAGAUGAACCAGUUGUCGUGUAAACGGCAACAGCUUCAUGACCGCCUCACCAUUCUCAAUAUGCUGAGAGAAUUUCGAAGUCAAACAGACCAGGAGGUGACGGACACAGCAGCAGAGGAAGCAGAAGUGGAGGCCAUUCAGAGGCAAUUGGACGGUAUAUCACAACAGAAAAGAGAGCUGCUGGACAUGCAAGACGGGCUUGAAAUAAGACAACAUACUGCAUUUCCACGUAUCAAUACGCAUGAUUCCACACCAGACAUCCUGAAGACUAGUAAGGAACCCCCAAGUCCCAUAGAUGCCAUGCCACCCUCUAUUCCGGCUCCCAAAGUCUUCACGGAUGUAGAGGAGCUACCCCCGUACCCUGCCAAGGCUCGCUGUCCACAAUGCCAUUCAUUCAUCACAACAGAAGUGACUUACACUGUGGGGAGUGUCAGCUGGCUUGUGUGCUCAAUGUCCAUUCUACUUGGCUGUGUAGCCGGAUGCUGUUUACUUCCUUUCUGCCUUCAGAAUUUUAAAGACGUACACCACAAGUGCCCCAAAUGUCGUACUUUGCUUCACACUGUGAAAAAGCUGUGAACUAUACUACUGUACAUACACAUAUCAAUUUAAGGGAUAUGGACAUGGGCGUUUU